GUAUUUCAGUUUUAUAACGCACCCUCUUCUUUUUUAUCAGUUCAGCUUCAUUCUGAUACUCCCAGACAAAACUAUUUCAGAUACCUCUCUUUCUUCUGUACUUGCCGGACUCCGGCGACAUGUUCGACGGAACACUUUUCCCGGCAAAUUAUCCGGCGACCGAAAUCCGAGAUCCGGUCUACUUCUAAUUGUUUCCGUUUUCAGGUAAUACUUCUGUUUGGAUUGCUGAAACCAAUUGGAAAAUUUCCCGGAAAAUCUUGGUAAUUCGGUCACAUCGCUGGGAUUCUUUUUGCAUCGUUGUUGGUGAUUGUUUCCUAUAUACUUCUGACGUAAUUGCUUAAGUUUCGAAUUUCUGGUUCUUUUGCUAGAUUUUGAUAGAAAAAGGUUGCCUUGUCUUUUUAUUAUUUGCCUCAGAAAUUGGGCAGGAAGUGUGAAAUGAAAGUAUACGGUAUUGGUUUGUUCAAUUGAUGGAAAGGAUAAACAGAUGGAGAGUGAUUGUCUUCAAGGAUCGGAAUUUGUUUUCUGGGUAUUGGGAGCAUAAUCAAGAACAGUGGCAUAAGUGCAGUUGUUUGAUGAUUAAUCUGGAUUAUUUUCCUUCCAAGGAACUUGCCUGAUUUUUCUUGGAUGAUAUCAAAGAUUGAUUAAUUUUUCUAGAAAGAGCUUGUUUACAUUACAAUUGAUGGAUGAAGAAGAGGAAGUAAUGAGUCAUUCAAUAAUAAAUACAAGGGGAGGAGUAAAUGAUGGUCGCUUACGAUUAGGAUCAAGUGAUUCACUCCUUCCUGGUCUUAUUGAUGAUGUCGCAUUGAAUUGUCUGGCCUGGGCUUGUAGAUCAGACUAUGCCUCAUUAUCGUGUAUAAACAAGAGGUUUCAUAAGCUAAUUGAUAGUGGAUAUUUAUAUGGGCUAAGGAAGCAAUUGGGAAUUGUAGAGCAUUGGGUGUAUUUAGUUUGUGAUCCAAGGGGAUGGGAGGCAUUUGAUCCUGUGAGAAAGAAAUGGAUGGCUUUGCCUAAGAUACCUUGUGAUGAGUGUUUCAACUAUGCAGAUAAGGAGUCAUUGACUGUGGGUAGUGAAUUGCUUGUUUUUGGUCGUGAGCUGUUUGAUUUUGCUAUUUGGAAGUAUAAUCUGAUUCGUCGUGGUUGGGUCAAGUGUGAAGGGAUGAAUCGUCCCCGGUGUUUGUUUGGAUCAGGUAGCUUUGGUUCUGUUGCUGUUGUUGCAGGAGGGAGUGAUAAGAAUGGAAAUGUUUUGAAUUCAGCAGAGUUGUAUAACUCUUCAACUGGCAAAUGGGAAAUGCUACCAAACAUGCUUUCGCCACGUAGAUUGUGCUCUGGAUUUUUUAUGGAUGGCAAAUUCUAUGUGAUCGGUGGGAUGUCAAGUCCUACUGUUUCAUUGACUUGUGGCGAGGAGUAUGAUUUUGAGACAAGCAAAUGGAGGAUUAUUGAAGGGAUGUAUCCAAAUGUUAAUAGAGCUGCUCAGGCUCCUCCACUUGUUGCAGUUGUGGAUAAUCAGCUAUAUGCUGUUGAGUAUUUAACUAACAUGGUGAAAAAGUACGACAAGGUAAAAAACACCUGGGAUGUGUUGGGAAGGCUACCUGUGAGGGCUGAUUCUUCGAACGGUUGGGGCUUGGCUUUCAAGGCUUGCGGAGAGGAACUUUUGGUUGUGGGUGGGCAGAGGGGCCCUGAGGGUGAAGCUGUUGUGCUUAAUUCAUGGUGUCCAAAGUCUGGAGUCAAUAAUGGAACUUUGGAUUGGAAGAUUCUUGGUGUGAAGGAGCAUGUUGGCGUGUUUGUUUACAAUUGUGCUGUUAUGGGUUGUUGAGGAUUCUUUUAAUUUGACUCAACAGCAGGUGCAGGUUACUGCAAUCUGACCUGGCCUUUUAGGGUGCUUCUUGAACGUUUAUUUGAUUCGCUAGAAUUCAUUUGUCAGUGAGAUAGCGCUUCUCAAUAUGACAAUUUGGUUUCCUUCGGUAACACCCCUGUAUCGAAAUUUGUGUGUUUCACUUCAAGGUUCUGCAUUUAUUUGUUUUCAAGAUUACUGAGUAGUGUUUACUCAGGUAAUGCUCUAUUAUCUUCUUUUCAUUUUUUGUCUUCUCCUUGUUAAGUUCUAUUUCUGAUCAUAGCUAAUAAAUUGAAAUCCAGUAUCAUUUCCUGA